AUGGCCAUGGUCAACGAGUGGCAGCGGCCGGAGACGAGCCCGUAUCCGCGGGUGUACCGGCGCUUCAAAGGCAAGAAGCCGAUGCCUGACGGCCGCGUCGCCGACUUCUGGGUGCAGGACGCCACCGUGGACAUGGACGAGGAGAUCGCCGACCACAUGAUGACGUACUUCUCUAGGGACGAACCCAUGUCCAGGUCGCUCAAUUACUACGAGGAGAUGAGCGACGAAAUGAGGCAGAUGGGGAAAGCGCACAUGAAGAGCCUGGUGCACAAGCGGCUGUCGAUACCCGAUAAAAAAAUCAAGAAGUUUCAGAGGGUUAUGUUUUUGACCCUUGAAAUGGUGGAUGUAUAUAAAAAGUAUGGAGUGGACAAGUUUACAACAGCACUGGGACUGUCAGUAAAACCAGAAUUCCGAGGUCAAAACUUGGGAGUCGAAAUCCUCAAAGGAAGAGCUCAAAUGACCAGUGCAAUUGGCCUCCAACUCACACUAAAUAAUUUCACAGGAUUUGCUUCGCAAAAGCAAGCCGAAAGAGCUGGAUAUGAAUUACUUGUAGAACUUCCUUAUUCAGAAGUGAAAGAUGAAGAAGGUAACGAGAUGUUUCCAGGAAUAGAAGCAAAAACCUUGCAGUUUCGAGCGAAAUAUGUAAAUCCAAACGAGGACAAUUUUGAUUAAUAUUGCAUUAGAAGUACAUUAAUAACUUUGUAUCUGAAAAAUGUUUGUUUUGUUUUCUUUUGCAAUAAAAUUUAAUAUGCAUUGUUUAUAUUAGAACAAUAAAAUUAUUUCCAUUUGUAAAUUUAAUAUUGAAUAAACAGAUACAGAAGUGGAAUUCUAUUUAUUUACUCAUGUUGAUAUGUGUAACAAAAUAUUAAUGACAUCAAACGUAUUCAAAUAAUUUGUUAUGUUAAACAGAAUUUUAACACAGUUAAAAAGAAUACACUUGUGAAACACAAAUAACAAAAACACCUUCAUUGUGACUAUAUCUGGAAGAAACACUUGUUAACAAUUGCGAAUAUAAUGUGGCUUUCUUUAAUCAUUUACAACAAAUAAUAUUUUAAUCAGAAGUUCAAAAGAAACAGGUCACCCAUAAAUAAAACUUGGAAAUGCAAAAAACCAUUUACUAUACUCAGACUAUUUCCAGUUGCAUUUCUUCUGUCCUUUGUCAAAAGCAAUUAGCAAUCAUGGUAUUUAUAAAUAAAUCUAGGCUUCAUAGGUUGUUUUUUUCCUCCAAGGGUAUGAUAUAGAAAAAAUGAAAUAUUUGUUACUCAUAUUCCUUUAUCAGUUACAAGUGCAAUUCCACAUGAAUUGCAAACCCAGUUCUAAUGUACAAAUGGAAGUCUUAAUUCACAAGCUUCAAAUACAUUGCAGCAAUUUCACUAUCUUUCCACAAGUUUACACAGAAUAAAAGUACAUAAACAAAAAUUUCCUAUGUAUGUCUUAUCAAUACUUAGCAAUUAUUCUGUUGUCAUGCAUAAUUAUUCACUACAAAUAAUGUAGCAAGUAUACAUUUUCCACCAAUGAUAACCGAAUCUAAUAAUUAAGCUGUCAUCACAUUUUUAUACCAAGAUAAAAUUAUGAAGUUAUACAAUUUCAAACUUACCAUUUCAUUAAACAAAAUUAAAUGUUUGUCUUGUUUCUGACAGACUAUUAUUAAACACAUUUCAAUGUAGAUGCACAUUCUCAUGAAAAUAAGGUCAUGAUCAUUGUCACAGAUGAAAAAGAAUUUUUUUCAUCUUUGCUCCCAUGAUCCUGAGAAAGGUGCUUAACAUUAUUCCACAAAGCUUUGUCAGAACCUAAGAUUUAAAUGCUUUUUUGUGAUUCUACUUAUUGUACACUAAUUUUAAUAUUGAUAUAUAAUCAUAAAAGAAAUAACAGGUGGCAAAAACAGGCAGUCUAUAGUCAUAUACUGGAAAAUUAACUUACUAUAUUUGUAUAACAUUAAGUAUAUAUUUGAUAGAUGGAAAACAACAUGCAGAGGUAGUCAAUAAAAUGAGUAAUCAAGUCAUAAAAUAUCUGAAAUGUUACAAACCAGCAAAACAAAAUUCAUCCUAUAUUACAAUACUUUGUUCAAAGUAAUGACAUUGUGCAAAAUAAAUUUCUAUAAGUUUUGCAUUAGCUACCUUACAAGCGUAAAUAUUGUGUUACUUUCCUGUAACAUGAAAAUGUAUCCAAUUGAACUAUUUACUGUAUUUUAAAUACACGAAUGUAACAUGUGAUUGAAUACUCUAAAUAUAUAAGCUUGUAAAUCCAGGCUUUCCCCAAGUCUAGUGCAAAUCUGAAAGCAAGAACUGCUUUAAAAUAAUUUAUCAUUUUAGUAACUGUUUAUACAAUAUUUAACAGCGAACAUAAAAUGUUUACAAUCUAUCUACUGCAACACAGAGGAAUAACAUUCCUAAAAGCAACUGAAACUGGUUUCACCGUUUUAUGCAUUUAAAAGAAAUUAUAGCAACAAGCUUUUAUGCUUCCGGUUUUGUAUCGUAGGUCAUUCACCCAUCAAAAGCAAUGCACUUACUUUUUACCAAAAAAUGCACAAUUUAUUUAUAUAUACAUACACACAUACACACUGAGCAGACUUAUCUUCUAAGAUGUUCAUGUGAAAUACAAAAUAACAGUUCACUUUCACAAUACAAGGGACUCCCUUAGAAAAUUCUCUCAAAUUAAGUUGGGUAACAGAAUCACUAUUUUCAUUCACUCAAUUCACGUUUUAAUAUUUACAGGAAACUACCGCGUCAACCUACAGAAACCAUACACAAUUUGAAUUGAAAUUAAAACACUUACUUUAUGGUUGGUUUGCUUUUCUCAAUUCUGAACAAAAAAAUAGCACUCUAGUAAUCUCACAUAAAUAAUAUUAUUGUGGAAAUAAAGUUUUAUAACAAUUUUCAUAAUUAGUGGGGUAAACUUCAGAAAGUUGUCAAAGGAUACAACCUGCAACUAACUCUACAACAUGAAUCUGUUUUGCUUCACUUAAACAAAACCGAGACCAAAUUUCUUUAAAAGAAUGCAUUUAAUGGUUUUAUCCGAAUUCACCCACUUUAAUGCCUUUUUACUACUAUUAUGGGAGACUAUAAUGAACAUCAUUAUGGAAGAGUUUGAAAUUAUUUUCCUAAGGUAGGGAAAACAUUUCUUGGAGACAUUUAAUCUGUUUGUCACAACAGUAACUUAAAGGCCAUUGAACAAGCUUUUCAAUUUUAAAAUACUUUUCCAGUAGAAUUGUUAUCUACUAUCCCGGUAUUAUUGUAGUUAGAUAAAAAAACCUGUACUUAUCAGUACUAAACUUCUAUGAGUUUUAAUGAACUCAGUAUGGUUUCAAAUAAAUGAGAAAGUAUUGAAAUACAAAUCAGCUCCCACAAAGCACAUAAUUAAAAGAGAAAUAGUAGAAAGCAAUUCAAGGAAAAAUAAGAAUUUUUAGGUUGUUGAAUGUUUGUACUCAAAUCGGUAACGUGAGUGCUGUAUAGAAACCUUCAAAACGUAACUUAAAAGCACAAACUUUAGAACAUAAUAGUCUAUUACUGAUUUCCACACGUUUCGAAACCCUAAUGAAAACUUUCCAACCUAAGACAACCCAUUUACUUAAGUCAGAUGUGGAUGACAAUAUGUGAACACUACAUUUACAAAUGUGUUUCUCACUUCUAAACAUAAAAAGUAGCCCCCUCCCCUCUUCCAAUAUUUAGGUAAUACCUGGUUAUAUAAUGCAGUAUUUAUUGAACUCACCCUUAUUUAACUUCAGAACAUUCGACACAUAAGAUUUAAAUCAUUGCAAACUACAAAUCACAUGCAUUUUGCAGAUAAAUUAACAAUGCUUUGUAAUUACAUUACAAAAUUCCUUAAUUUUUUCGAAAGGUCUGGAAACAGAAUAAGCAUUACCAAUAAUUUUCUUGACAGGGAAAAUUUCUGCCAAUUAAAUUCAACCAUGACAGGUGUCUGCAGUGAACAUGGAGGCAUGUACAACUAUAUAAUAAACAUUCCUGCACUGAUGGAAAUCUUAGAUUUAAAAACAGAAAGCAAGAAUAAUGAGGGAGAGAAUUAAAAAUCACACUCGUAAACUUCCAUAGAUAGUCAUGAUUCAUUUAACCAUAUUUCUACUUCACAAAUUUGGUGAGAGUAGCCAGUAUUAUUUUCUAGACUAGGGUUACACAACGAUCAUCGUUACGACUGUCCUAAAACACGUUACUCAAAAUAAAAGUCUUUAUCGCUUUCUAACGGGAGAGCGAGAGCGGGAUCGAGAUCGGGAUCGUGACCGGGAUUCUGAACGAGAACGUGAGGAUCGGGAGCGAGAAGAACGCGAACGCGAUCGCGAUCGUGAUCGGGAGCGUGAUCGGGAUCGGGAUUGGGAUCGCGAUCGUGAGACUGAAUGAGAGCGAGAGGACCGUGAGGUUGAUGGAGACCGAGAUGGUCUUUGAACAUGAUCUCUCCUGCCGUUUCUGUCUUUCUCCUUUUCUUUCGAAACAGUGUCUUCUUCAUCGCCAAAACCACUUAAAUCGUAUUUUGACAAAUCCCCGUCGUCGUCAUCUUCUUCAUCGUCCUCUUCAUCAUCUUCCUCUUCCUCUUCGCCGUUGUUUACGUCCUUCUCUGGUUUCACUUUUUCUCGAUCAUCUUGUUUGUCGGAAUUCCUCUUUUUCUUCUUCCUUCUCCCGUAUUCAUCGUACUCGUCAUCAGAGUCGCGUCGUUCCUUAUACUCAACAACGCCACGAUCAUUAAAACCACCGCCAUAACCAGUACGCUCCUCAACCUCGCCGAACUUCGGAGCGUUACACAUGUUGCAAGACUGCCUACGAGCCCAGUUUACGUUUCCACACUUAUUACACUGCCAAUCAUCAGCACUAAACAAGCCUCGACUUUUCUCGGCAGCAGCUUUUCCAAUUUCUUGACCAAGUUUCUUUUUUUUUGGUGCUUCGCCCCUUUCUUUAUCGCAACGAUUACACCGGUCCCGUCGAGCAAAAUUCACGUUUCCGCACUGGGGAUCACUGCACAUCCAGUCACCUUCGUUCAUUCUAAAACGACUAUUGCCAGAUAUGUGUUCCAUGCUGCGCGGUAACACAAAAUUUGACGCCAAACUGGUACUAUAAACACCGGCUAGAUAUUUCAAGAACAGAUAGUUUUCCACGCCACAUCUAACCCAGUAAUACGCAGAAUUGGCAAUGAUGAUAGCCAAAUUCAUAGAUAU